AUGCAUGUGUACACCCGGAUUCUAGACCUCCCCUUAACCCCGCAAGAGGGGCGUUCUCUGCCGCUGCGUGCUGACGCCGCCGAUCUGCAGCUGCACAGAACAGACAAGAAGAGGGCUGCAGCCGCUCGUAGGAAGUUGGCGGCGACUGCGGAUGCUGCCACCCCACAUGCCGAGUGUCUUUUGCCCAAGUACUCGGUUCGAGCAGGUACAGAUACAGACGAAAGCGAAGAUGGCACCGCUUUCUGCUCACAACAGCGCCACAUGCUGCAGCAGCAGCGCGCGUUCAGCAGCAGCACGGCAGCAGCUGAGUCUCUGGCGGGCGUCAUCCAAAAAGAAAUUGCCCACGAAAAGUCGCAGUACGAAGCAGACAGUCAGCUCAAGAGCUUCCUCGAGAGCAACAAGUGGCAGUUGGAAGAUAAGGAAAACGACGUGCUCGUUACGCUCACGAAGGAAGUGGACGGGCGCAAGGUAAUCGUCGAAUUCUCCUGCAUCCAGCCCUCUGGCGGAGACGAGGAGGAGACGAUUCCAGAAGCCUCCGACUUCACCGUCUCGGUUCAGAACCCUCAGGGCAGUGGUUUGCUCUUCUACUGCUCGACAACGAAUGAAGACGAGGCUGCAAGGUUCUGCAUUGGUCAGGUUCGAUACUUUUCUGACGCCAGCAGCAAGGAUUCUCUUGCUGAGUAUCCUGGUCCUUACUUCGAGGAUCUGGAUGAUUCGUUCCAACAAGGGCUAGACUCGUGGCUAAGCGCUCUAGGCAUUGACGGGGAACUCUGCGACUUCAUCGAUCGCUUUGCUGCUGACAAAGAGAAUCGGGAGUACAUUGCGUGGCUAAACAAAUUGCAAGGCUUCAUCAGCAAAGCCUAG